CUGGCAGCUCAAGGGCCCGACAGCCAUGGAGGUGCCAAUCAGAUGCAGCAGCCGCAGCAGUAGCCACCACAGAAACGGCCCAAAGUGCCAGAAGCCCAAAACCUCAAGUUCAACCGGGGAAGAGGAAACCGAAGACUGGAAUACUGAUGCUAAAUAUGGGGGGCCCUGAAACCCUCGCAGACGUUCACGACUUCCUCCUGAGGCUCUUCUUGGACCGAGACCUAAUGACACUUCCUAUUCAAAAUAGGCUGGCACCAGUCAUCGCCAAACGUCGAACCCCCAAAAUCCAGGAGCAGUACCGCAGGACUGGCGGUGGGUCCCCCAUCAAGAUGUGGACUUCCAAGCAAGGAGAAGGCAUGGUGAAGCUGCUGGACAAGAUGUCCCCACACACAGCCCCUCACAAAUACUAUAUUGGAUUCCGGUACGUCCACCCUUUAACAGAAGAAGCAAUUGAAGAGAUGGAGAGAGAGGGGCUUGAAAGGGCUAUUGCUUUCGCACAGUAUCCACAGUACAGCUGCUCUACCACAGGUAGCAGCUUAAAUGCCAUUUACAGAUACUAUGAUGAAGUGGAGAAGCCCACGAUGAAGUGGAGCACAGUUGACAGGUGGCCCACGCAUCCCCUCCUCAUUCAGUGCUUCGCAGACCACAUUCGGAAAGAGCUGGACUGUUUUCCACCGGAGAAGAGAAGCGAGGUGGUCAUUCUUUUUUCUGCCCACUCACUGCCAAUGUCUGUGGUCAACGGAGGGGACCCCUAUCCUCAGGAGGCGGGCGCCACUGUCCAGAAAGUCAUGGAGAAGCUGGGUUACUCCAGCCCCUACCGGCUGGUUUGGCAGUCCAAGGCUGGUCCGAUGCCCUGGCUGGGUCCUCAGACAGACGAGACCAUCAGAGGGCUUUGCGAGCGGGGGUGGAAGAAUAUCCUCCUGGUCCCCAUAGCGUUUACCAGCGAUCACAUUGAAACACUAUAUGAACUGGACAUCGAGUACUCUCAAGUUCUAGCUAACGAGUGUGGAGUUGAAAACAUCAGAAGAUCCGAGUCUCUUCAUGGAAAUCCGUUGUUCUCUGAGGCCCUGGCCGAUUUGGUUCACUCACACAUCCAAUCAAACGAGCUGUGCUCCAAGCAGCUGGUUCUGAGCUGCCCGCUCUGUGUAAAUCCUGUCUGCAGGGAGACUAAAUCCUUCUUCACCAACCAGCAGCUGUGACACCCGCCAGAGGACCCCAUGGGAUUGGGCAGAUGCCAACCUGCAGAUACC